GGGGUGGAAAGUGAUGUUUAUAAAUGACAGGGACUCAUCGGAGAGUGCAUUGCGCACUGCUGGACUGCUGGAAGGCAAGAGAACCCGGGUCUCACAAUGAGUACUACCUUCAGUGAAGCCAACGCUAAGUUUGCCCUCGACUUUUACCGCCUGCUGGGCAGAGCACAUCAGUAUGAAAAUAUCUUGUUUUGCCCUACGAAUCUCAUUGCCGCCCUCGGCCUGCUCCUUUACGGGUCUAGAUCUGAUACGGCAGAUGAAAUAGAAAAGAUACUUCACUAUGAUGAACUUUCAGAGUCUGAGAUCCUUGAGUAUUUAGAGGCGACAGAAAGUGCCGAUCCCUCGGGAUCUCAUCCCUCCUCUCAUACUUCUUCCACGACGGCCUUGCACUCUGACAGUGUUAAACACAGGGUCCAUCCUGGAUCUAAGACACAUAAGGAAGCAAGCCCACAUUCUAGUCCUUCGGACAGCAAGGAGAGCCCUCAACCUUCAUGGUGUCCACCUUGUGAACAGGUGCCUGAUUAUGUAUGUGAGAAACCAGAAGGCGUGCACAGCGUGUUGAACAAAGUCCUUAAGGAACUCAAUAAGCCCAGCAUGGACUAUGAGCUAAGCAUUGCCAAUCGGAUGUUUGCAGAUGAGUCUAUCCAUUUCUACCAGUACAUUGAUAGCGAAAACCUGAAGAACAAUAUAUAUCUCGUAGAAAAAUCCACAGCUACAGGGACGAAUAUGCAGACAGGAUUCAGUGCUGUGUAG